AUGGCCGGCUCAUUUCUAGCUUAUGAAGAGCCUUCUAUCGUCCUGAUCUUGGUUUUGAUUUCAUUCUUCUUCUUCCUCUCACUCGCAGAAUGGCUGUCCUCGAUCGUGGUCCGAGCCGGCAUUAUUGGGCCAAUCAUUGUCGGCAUCAUCUAUGGCAUGCCUUUGGCAGACAUUCUUCUUGAGAUCUGGCAAGAGACGUUCCUUGCCAUUGGCUACAUCGGUCUGAUUCUUAUCAUCUUUGAGGGCGGUCUCACCUCGCGCAUGGAUUUGCUCAAACAGAACUUCUUUCUGAGCAUGCUUGCCGCAACCACAGGCGUCCUAUUUCCGAUUGGAUUAUCCUACCUGCUCCUCUACCUCGGCUUUGGCUAUGGUGCCGUCGAAACGUUCAUCAUCGGCGCUGCUCUUUCAACUACCAGUCUCGGAACCACAUUCGCUGUCAUAGGAGGCGCGAGCAAGGAUAUUGACCUGUCUCAAACUCGCGUUGGCACCGUACUGGUUAGUGCUGCAGUCAUCGACGAUGUAUCUGGCCUGGUUAUGUCAAGUGUCAUUCACGAUCUCGGUUCUAUUUCUGGCGGUGCAGAUGUCAACCUUGGAUGGCUUAUUGGCAGGCCAAUACUUGCAUCUUUUCUGAUGGCCGCCUUGACUCCUCUGAUCUGCAAAUACGUCUUCGCGCCGGUGUUCCGGCGCUACAUCGAACAUCACUUUGCGCGAUUCGAUCAUCUGUCCAACGUUGUUCUGAUGGUAUUGGUCCUUUGCGCUUUCAUCUCUAUUGCCGCGUAUGCAGGCACGAGUGUGCUCUUUGGGGCAUUUCUUGCUGGAUCCUUCCUGACCUAUCUGCCAUCAAAGCAUCCUGAGGGCCCAUUCGUGGUAAUCUCUCGAGAACACGGUGAACAGCACGAUGGCAAAAGCCCCACCUUCGUUCAUACCUUUGAGAAAUACUUUGCCGAUAUUCAGAAAUAUCUCAUGGAGCCUUUGUUCUUCGCAAGCAUCGGGUUUGCGAUUCCUUUCCUCGAUCUCUGGACUGGAUCCGCCAUUUGGCAUGGCAUCGUGUACACGCUCCUGAUGUUGGUUGCAAAAGUCGUUGUCGGCAUGUGGGUUCCUCUGUGGGACUUGCUCACCAAGCGCAAGACUGAUGGGCCGAAACCAUCGCUAUCACAAGUCAUGCCUUCCGCAGGGCUUCUUGGCUUCGCCAUGGUUGCUCGUGGUGAGAUUGGCCUGCUCAUUGUUGAGAUUGGAUACAAUUCCACGCCAUACGUAAGCGACGCAGGCUUUCACACUGCCGUCUGGGCUAUUCUGCUCAACACCAUCAUUGGUCCGAUGGUUGUUGGAUUGCUAAUCAAGUUCAAGGGCAAGGCUAUUGGAGACGGUCAUUGGGGCAUCCAGAACUCUGGACACAGCGAGAAGGAUAGCAGACCGCAGUCUGUUUCUCUAGAGCAGACAUUGGAGGAGGGUUGCGAUGUUUCAGGACGAUAA